AUGACAGAUGCAGGCUCAGGUCCACAUAGCGCUUCUUGUUACUCGCCUCUCGCAGGCAUUUCUGAACGCCAGUUGGAGGAAUUCCGGCUCAUCACCCUGUUACCAGACCAGUUUUCGGACCAUAUUCGAUGUCAGCUUACGAUACAUCCUCUGUGCGAGCCCCCUGCAUACGAGACAAUAUCGUACGCGUGGGGGGAUUCAAAUGACACGAAGGCAAUCGACGUUGAUGGCGUAAAGUUGGAGAUACCCAGCAGUCUAGAACUGUGCCUCAAGCAACUUCGCACACAACUGCACCGCGCCGAAGACCUACCGGUACUAGCUUUGUGGACAGACGCAAUAUGCAUCGAUCAAGCCAACCUCGAGGAACGUGCCGUACAGGUGGAGAAUAUGGGGACGAUUUACCAGCGGUGCUCUUCGAUGCACAUAUGGCUAGGG